UUUCACAAAAAUGGAGGCAAACGGCUGGUUAACGUCUCCCUACACGCCUUAAAACACAAUUCUCGACAAACAACCAUCACAGUCUUUGUUUCCCGUGCCUGAGACGGCGUUGGAGGAACUCCGGUGGAGCUUGUGGAACGUGUGAGUGACGUACGGUGAUGUCUACGAACGGCGCCGUCGGACGACAGUAAAUGAGAGGUGCCAUUUUACUUGCCUUGGAUUAAUACACUUGAAGAGCUGUUGACAUCAUGGAAGCGCAGAGUUUAAUGGAACUGGAGCAGCCUCAGGAAGAUAAUGUGGAGCACCAGUACAUGUGCAGCGAGUGCUACCAGCUUUUUAACACCCUGGAGGAGGUGCUGAUCCACCAGGAGAUUCACACGGUCCAGGAGAGCGAGGAAGGGGAGGUGGUCCGGUGCGAGCAGUACCAGUGCCUGGAGUGUGGCUCCAUCCUCGUGGAUUCCGAGGAGCUACUGCUGCACCAGGAGAUGCACAUGCGUGAGGCUGAGCAACAAGAGUUGUGUGAGGCUGCGGAGACCGAAGAAAGUUGUUCUCAGCCACCCCAAGCAGUCCAGUACCAAUGUCUGGACUGUCUGGCUUUGUUUGAUUCGCCCGACACGUGGUUGGAACACCGCAAAAGUCACAGCAGCAGCACGACAAGCAUCCACGCUGAGACGACGGAAUACAUUAUCCAAGCGGACGGCACCGUGGCUCCUUUCAACAACAUGCAGAACUUUGUGCUAAGUGAGCAGCAAGCUGGGGAGAUCUUGGCGCAGGUAUUGGCUCAGCAGCAAAAGAAGAAAAGCCAACCAGUCUCCAAACCCGCCGUUCGCCCUUCCCUUCUCCCUCCGGUGACACCUGCCCCCGGCUCGGCCACCAUGCAUCUUCAGAUCCUGACGGCCAAAGCGCUCGCCGACAGUUCCGGCGGUCGCGCUCGACCUAGCAAGACGUCGAAAAAGCUGAUGUUGGCCCCCCAGCAGACGGCGGCUGAAAUGGUGUUCAUCCAACCCUACGAAUGCUCUGAAUGCUCCCUUCUUUUCCAGACCCCGGAGGACUUCCUCCAACACCAGGGGGAGCACUACCUGGGUCAGGACAAAGAGAGCUCGGAAGCGGGGCUAAUGAACAGCCUUGAGGAAGCCCGAGGAUGUGAAGGAAUGCCGGACAAGAUCAACUACUCGGUAGCGCCACAGAAGCAAGUCAUAUUGGCGGAGAAGAAAAACGCAGUUUUGUCUAAGCCCCAACAGUGCACACUGUGCUGUCGCACCUUCAGCUCAGUCAACCGCCUCAAAGCCCACCAACGCGUUCACGAGCAGGGCACGCACGAAUGCACCGAGUGCGGUAGGGUCUUCAAAAAAGACAGUUCGUUGCAGGCCCAUCUGCGCACCCAUUUGGGCGUCAACAGAUAUCUGUGCGUGGACUGCGGCCAAGGGUUCACUACGGAGAUGACUCUCAUUAUGCACAGGAAGUCGCACACAGCAAACCCUCUUCACAAGUGCCAGUUCUGCAACAAAACCUUUACCAACAUGACCAAGUACCUUUAUCACCGGCGGACACAUGUCAACCUCAACACCGGUGGCCCGAACGCCAGCACCACCACCACGGUUAACACUGCUCUACCAAGAGCCUCUCUCUCCACUCUAGCCAUCUUGCAGCGAGCCAGAGAGAAGAAAAACUCUCAGAUGAUGGCCCCGCUGUCCGAGGAGGAGAUGGAAAGCAUAAAUGAGAACUCUCAGAUGAUGGCCCCGCUCUCUGAGGAGGAGAUGGAAAGCAUAAACCAGGGCGCUAAGGAUGCGAGCGAGGAUGUUCAAGAAAAGAAGAGCGAGCUGCACGCCGACACAGAACCCGCAGAAGUCGCGUCUGGCGAGGCUGAAAGCGCCGCGCUCGCUUUGUCUGACAAAGGCGCAUUCGCUUGUCGCUCCUGUCCGAAGAUUUACCCUUCUCAGCAGCAGCUCCUCCAGCACGGGCGGACGUCGCACACGCCCGAACGCAGCUUCUUGUGCGGCGUCUGCGGCAAGGCCUUCAAGAAAAAGAUCCACGUGCGCAACCACGUCCGCACGCACACAGGCGAGCGGCCCUUCAAGUGCGGCGACUGCGGUAAAGGCUUUUCAUCUCUCGCCAACCUCACCCGCCACAACUUGAUCCACACGGGCGUGCGACCGUACCGCUGUGACGUGUGCCAGCGCGCCUUCUCGCAGUCGUCCAACUUGCGUCAGCACAGAUUGUUGCACGCCGUGGGCAGAAACGGGGGGCUCAAGUGUCCCGACUGCCCCGCCGCCUUCCGCUGGCCCACUAAGCUAGCUGCGCAUCGUUUCACGCAACAUCCUGGAUCCCCCGCGCCCUUUCCCUGUCCCCACUGCGAGGUCGGCUUCCUCGCCAAGAAGCAACUCGACGCGCACUGCUCCAACAAACAUCCAGGCGCGCUUUUAGAAUCUGAGCCGUCCACUUCCACCGCAGAACGGCCCGGCCUUCCGAUUCAAGGCGGCCUGGACUGCGACGUCUGCGGUAAGAAGCUCAACUCCCCGGCCAAUCUGCGGCUCCACAAGCUGAGCCACCCCGGGCCGAGGCAGACCCGUGGCAAAUUUGCAAAAUCCCACCCGUGUCCAGUUUGCGGCAAAUUGUUCGUCUCCUCUUCGGGCGUGGCGCUGCACCAGCGGGUGCACACGGGGGAGCGGCCCUUCCCGUGCCAGGUGUGCGGAAAGCGUUUCCGCCAGAGCACGCACCUUCGCGAGCACCUGCGCACUCACACGGGCGUGCGGCCCUUCUGCUGCGAGAUGUGCGGCAAGAGCUUCAUCCAGAGCAUGCACCUCGUCGAACACCGUCGCACGCACACGGGGGAGCGGCCUCACAUCUGCCCGCACUGCGGCAAGGCUUUCAAGACUUUCUCCAACCUCAGGAACCACAAGAAGACACACAAUCGCCUGCCAAAGCGGGAACGGGAGGCCGACGCCAAAGCUGCCGCAGCCUUGGAGGUUUCCGCAGUGGAACUCCCCAAGGGCCAGCAGCACCAGAUCAUCCAGAUCACAUCUUCAGACAUUCAGCAGGGCACCAACACCAUCAUGUGCAACGAGUUCGGGGAGACCAUCGCGAUCAUCGAGAGCAGCGAGGGCACGGCGCUGCCUCUUGAGCAGGCCCUGGAGAUCUUUCAGACGGCCCUGGAGAACGGCCUGGACGGACUACAAAUGCUCUGAGCAAGAAAAAUACUUCAGACAUAGACAACACCUUUUGAAAAGUGGGCGUCACUUAGAAAUGUCUUUAUUUUUAAAAGAAAAUCAUGUCUAUUUGUCUUUAAAGAUUACAUUUACAUGCAAAUUUCUGUUAAAAAGACAUUUCUAAGUUGACUCCUAAACUUUUGAACGGUAGUAGUUAUUUUAUCACAACAAAUGUUUUCAUUGAGAACAUUUAAUUGAACUGCAGUCAGGAGUGAUUAAAUGUACUUCCUGAGCCUAUAUGAAUGCAUUAUACCUCAUGUGACUUUUUUUGUAAUGAUCUUUACUAUAAUUGUUUGUAAAUAAAUCAAUACACAUUUGCUCCCUGAAAAAUUCAUCACAUCUACACUUUUUAAUUGACCACUUUACUUUAUUGGCAUACUGAAAGUUACAGAUACAAACUUAAAUUAUUUAUAUAAAUGUGUUUCUUGGAUACUGGAACAGCCAAACAUGAACACAAAAACAUUAAAAGCCAUACAAUUUUUUUUUUUCCACUUUCAGUCUGAAUUUUGUUCUGUGACAUAAUGUUCAUAUAUGUAGACUCAUACAGUAUUUAACCAACAAGUUUUGCACAAAGAUCAAGUGUUCUGUCCCAACCGUUGCUUUUGACUGUGACCACGUGGAUAAGGAAGAAGCAUAAAGUGACAAAAGCAGGAAAGAGGAAGGAGAGUGUUGAAACAGGUCUAAAAACGAAAAAAAAAAAAAAAAAAAAAAAAGACUAGUUUGUCAAAGGGAAGACAAAGCACAGAGGAAGUGAACAA